AGGGUUUGCAUCCACCUCUCAUAGAUUCUUCUAUUCACAAUCUCAGGUUUCUCAGAUUUUACGGAAACGGCAGACAGAUGACAAGCAAGCGGCAGCGGUGGUGGUGGUAGCGGUUGCGGCAACGGUAGCAGAAGUGGCAGCCGCAGGCUCCCUGUAUCUCCAGAAAUUGGAGAGAGGGAGGAGACGCCAGAUGAUUCUCGGAGGUUUCACUGCCAUCCUAAACCUCCCAAGAGAUCCGAUGACUUUCUUUGGGCACCUCGACGGCGUCUCCGGCUGGGGUGGGGCACCACAGGCAGCUUCUACCUCUCGAAGCGGCCUGCCAUCGUCCCCUGAUAUCAGAUCCACCCUCACCAUCGCCGCCACCGCGGACGCCUCCGGGACGGUUCCAUCAAGGCAGCGCGGUGCCAGUGGUGGGGUGGAGGACGGCGAUGAAGUCGUUGCUGUGGGGUGUGUUGUCUGGAGCAGUGAAGCCAGAUUUCCGCCACCUAGUAACCACCAGAAUGCCCCAUCUAGAGUUUUUGUUGGUUCUAGCAGCUCCUCCGCCCCACCUAGGGUUCCGCCCCAGAAAUUGUUCGGCGCCGCCGCUCUGAUUGUUAGGGCGAUGGUGUUGAUAGGGCAUGAUGGAGUGAUGGAAGACACCAUUAGCAUCCGGAUCCACCUUUGGUCGCCGGAAAUCGCCAAAUUCAAGCCGGUCCACUACUUCGGCAUUUUUUAUGGCCAUAGAGGAUCUCAGUGCGCCUUUAUAUGCGAAUCGAGGAUGCAUGAGAUCCUCCAGGAAGAGGUGGACCGGGAAGCCGCCAGAUGAGACCACAUCGGAGCAGCCUCCUCGUCGCUUCUCCAGGAGGCAUGGACAUGCAUCUUCAAUCGGUGCUUCAGGAGGAUCGAGAUGAUGGCGACACCAACCCGCCAGUUCGGGUCCUUCGCCGGCUGCAACUGCGACCGCACCGAGUUGGUCUGCUUGGGAUGACGGCGGUCGUUGUGGUUCAGAUGAUGGAGCAUAUCAUCGCCGCCAACUGCGGUAACUCAUGCGCCAUCCUCUACCGUACAGGAAGAAUAAUCCCACUCACCGACGACCAUAAGGUACUUAACCGUCGACUCAAUUUUUUGGUUGUUUUGGGUGUCUCAACCUAUUCAUCAUCUUGUUAGCGCAUAUUGUGAUUUUAAAGCAAAGAUUUCCAUAUUUUUUUUUAGUUUUGUUUGAAUCGGUUAAUCAAUGUUUCAAUGUAAAUUUUCACGGGAAUAGAUUAGUAGUUUUCCUCCACAAUUUUCCUCCUUCAAUAACAUCCAAUAUUUGUCAAGGACACGUGGCUUGUCAUACCUAAAUACCACAGUUUUUAUAGCUUUAAUUUAUUAAGUUCAAAUUUUUCUAUCACUUUUCCUUUUCCCAAAUGUCCUCUUGUAAUUAUUAAUACAGUGUUUAACGGUGAAAGAGUCAACAAUGGAAUGCAAAUAGAAAUCGAGUGUAAGAACAAUUGACUUUCUCAGCACAGACAAACUUGAUUACUAACCAGCAAAAGCCGGAUACAUUUUGCACUUCUUGCAAUACGUGCAAGUCACGUUAUGAGUACUCUAAUAAGUAUAGGAAUAAGCCUCUGGAAUGUCCUCAAUGUGAAUAUCCUUUUAUGGCAUCUGAAAUACCUGCUCGCAAUUUAAAUGCUGGGUGCUCACGUUAUUGGAAUUUCUUUUGAAACCCUGAAGAUCUAUGCAUCUUCUUGAGUCGUGUAAGAAGUGUGGCACAUGCAGCACUGGAAAGCUGCAGGAACGUUGCUCCACCUUCAGAUGCAACCUUAAGAAAUCCAAAAAUGGAGGAGCCAAUUAAGAAGAGCGGCUGGGGUGGUCCUUCAGGUGCUACUUCAACAUGCACUCCAAGAAGUUAAGAAAAGACUGGUAGGAAGCGAAACAGUGCAACGAAUUAGGCGACUUAUAUGAGAAAGUAAACCUUGAUAAUUUUGGGCAUACAAAAAAGGAACCUCUGAAGAAGUUCAAUACAAAAAAAGGCUUGUAGGAAGCGAAAUAAUGCAACGACUUAGGCGUCUUACGAGAAAGUAAACCUUGAUAAUUUUGGGCGUACGAAGAAGGAACCUCUGAAGAAGUUCAAUACAAAAGGCCUAUCUCGUAAUGAAUUGCCCGAUGUUAUACAACGCAU